CCUCCUCUUCUUCCUAUUCCUUCAGCUGCAGCUCCUUCUUCUUCCUCCUCCUUUUCCUUCCCUUUUGCAGCAACAGCAGGAGAAGCAGCAGCAGCAGAGCGUGGCAAGAAGCAGAAGCAGCAGCAGCAGCAGGUGUGAAGGAAGCUUUGUCUCUCCCUGGAAAAGCAACGGCUCUUAAGACAUCCAAAAACCAUCAUGGAGCUUUGCAAAGACACCACGGACUUUAUGAAGGUCCCGCUAUAGAAGAUCGAUGGCAGAUGCCUCCUGUGACUAAUGGGAUCUUUCCGCCGCGUUGGGUGAGAUGCCCGAAGCCAAAGUUCCCACUAUGGUGCAAAGAAAACUGCCUUUGUAAUGCUAGCCAUUCACGGCUGAGGAGCUGGAUCUAGCUAGACAGGUGCUACCUUGGUGGCUUCUUCCAACAUGACCAGUCCCCAGCCUCCUAUAGAAGGCGGAGUGUCAGAAGUUGAAAUAAUAUCCCAACAAGUAGAAGAAGAGACCAAAAGCAUUGCCCCGGUGCAGCUUGUUAAUUUUGCUUACCGGGACUUGCCGCUAGCCGCGCUAGACCUCUCUGUAGCAGGGUCCCAGCUCUUGUCAAACUUGGACGAGGAGUUCCAGAGAGAAGGGUCUAACUGGCUGAAGCCUUGUUGCGGGAGGCGAGCGGCGGUCUGGCAGGUCUUCUUGCUCAGCGCCAGCCUCAACAGCUUCUUGGUGGCCUGUGUGGUCUUGGUGGUCAUCCUCCUGACCCUGGAGCUCCUCAUAGAUAUCAAGCUUCUCCAGUUUUCAAGCGCCUCUCAGUUUGCUGGAGUCGUUCACUGGAUCAGCCUAGUUAUCCUCUCUGUGUUCUUUUCAGAGACUAUUUUGAGAAUCGUCGUUCUCGGUAUAUGGGACUACAUUGAAAACAAGAUAGAGGUUUUCGAUGGUGCCGUGAUCAUCCUCUCCUUGGCUCCGAUGGUGGCUUCGACGGUGGCAAACGGACCCAGCAGCCCCUGGGAUGCCAUCAGCCUCAUCAUCACGCUCAGGAUUUGGAGAGUCAAGAGAAUUAUCGACGCAUAUGUUUUGCCCGUGAAAGUGGAAAUGGAGAUGGUGAUCCAACAGUACGAGAAGGCCAAGGUGAUUCAGGACGAACAGCUGGAGAGACUCACCCAGAUCUGCCAAGAACAAGGGUUUGAAAUCCGGCAGCUGAGGGCUCACUUGGCUCAGCAAGACCUGGACUUGGCCGCGGAGAGAGCCGCGCUGCAGGUCCCGCACAUGCUCAACAAGCAGUCCAGCAACCGCUACAAAGUCGUGGCCGCCGGAGGGGACUCCGACGACGAAGCCACCGAGAACAUCGUGGAGCUGCGCCCGGCGCGAGAGGCAAUGGUGAAAGAUGACAUGAACAACUACAUCAGUCAAUAUUACAAUGAGCCCAGUAGCGACAGCGGUGUUCCCGGAGGUGCCAUCUGCGUCAUCACGACGGCUGCCAUCGACGUCCACCACCCCAACAUCUCCUCCGACCUCUUUACCGUGGAAGUGCCAAUGAAGAUCGUGGGGAGCAACGGAACGUCCACCAGCGUGGCCUCGGGCAGCGCCUCUCGCUCCACGGACAGCUCCGUCACGCGGGCGCAGAGCGACAGCAGCCAGACCUUUGGCUCCUCCACGGACUGCAGCACCACCCGGGAGGAGUCCUCCGAGUACUGCCCCUUGGAGCGGGCCGGUGUCCACGCGGCCAAAGGCAACCCGGCCGGCUCUUCGUCCUCCUCCUCCUCCUCCUCCGCCCACAGCAGGGUCAACAACGCCGUGGUGCAAGAACUGCUCUCGUCUCUGUCCGACGAUUCCUGCUUGACGCAGAAAAGACUAGACCCAGUCAACCUGAAACUGCCCAGCCCGGCCGGGUCGACCAAAGCCAGCCCCGAACUGGAGCACCGCAUGAACCUUUACAACAAGAAGAACCAGGAAAGCUUUGGCGUGUUUCAGAUCAAGCCGGUCAUCCACUUCCAGCAGAACGCGCCAAUGAUCGACAAGUAUACAUCUUUGGAAUCCAAAGAACAAAAGUUAAACAGGGUCCCAGAUUCAUAGUCCUUGUGUUGCCAUGGGGAGGGGGGGGGGUACAUUCAUAAAUGGAGGAGAGGCUUCACCUUUAAGGGGGGACUGCCAAACCAUCCCUGGGAGGGUCUUUUGCAUAGAUUGGAAUAAGAGGAAAAUUCAUUUUAAAAAAAAUGCAUGAGUUGGGAAAGCCAGCACGAGAAACGUUGCCAUUUCAACCAUACAAAGCCCUCAGGCUUCACCCCCCAAAGAAGAAAUGGGGCUGGGGAGAACCACUCUGUUCAAACAAAGACCUCAAAGAUGUAUAGAUUCUUAACACAUUUCUUUUUUUAAAAAAAGAACAACAAAAAAGGCAUACGUAAGUCCCACUAUUUUUAUGAAACUCUGGACAAUCUUCUAUCAGGUCAGGUUUCAGCAGGGUACAGUAUACACAGAGGUAAACAUCUCUCCUACGACAAUUUCUUACGGUUUUCCUUUGUACAUGACAGCUAUAAAAAAAAAACACCUUUGUAUAAA